AUGGCGACCAGACUUUCCCGAAGCCUGCCUCAGGUUAAUCGCCGUGUUUUCGCUAGGUUAUCUUCCCGCACGACACCUCGCGUUGCGAACACCAGUGCCCGUGCUGGCUUGGUGACACGUCGCAAUGCUCGGAACCUCGCGCCUUGGGCCUGCCGCGUAACACAGGCCAAUAUCGCGCGAUAUUCCCAUACAGAUUCUGGUGAAUCGGCCAGCCCAAACGCUUCCAUUUCCAAUGCUGCCGAUUACAGAGGAUCGACCAUUACAGAGAAACAUUGGAUGAGCCAGGACAUAGUAGUUGUGGACACGUUGAUUGAACCGCAAGCCGUCUUGAAUUUUAUGGAAUUCAUAACUUAUGGUAUUCUACCGAACGGGAAGAAGACCGAUUUAGCUUUAAUCGAUUCAGAUGAAUUCCCACUGUUCAUGACCCCGAGUUCAGAGUGGGCGCCUGCGCCGUUCAACAAGGCCGCUCUCCCAACUGUGCAGAAGGCGAUGAUGCGGAUCACGGGCCCGGAGGACUUGAGCGGACUGUGCUAUAUUGGACAGAAUAUUCACUUUGUCAAAACCCGCCUCUGGGGAGGCCUUGCGCCUGUGUCCGCAUCGCGUUGGCGCGAAAAAGAUCUCAACAACCCGGACCAUUUCACGAUCGCCCAUGAAUACCUGACCUCCGUCAUUGCCGUCUUUGAGUACCUAAAUAAUCCUCAGAUCCGGACUAAUAUGCGCGAUACCUUCAACAAAAUAUCUGGUGACUUCGGAGAAAUUCAGGACGCCUUGAAUGCACGGCGCAAGGCCCAAGGCGGCCUUUCUCCCGAGCUCAACCUUACUGCUCUCUGGGAAGAAUAUAUUCGCGCACAGUACGAAGUCAUGACCAGCACCGCCCAUUCCUGGGUCCUCGCCCGCGUUGCCGAAUUACGUGAACGGACGUUGGACAGCUUGAUUGCGAUCCCAGCUGAAAAUACAGAAUCCUCGGAAAUGAAAAUUCUCGCGCAGCGGUGGACCGACCUCAUUGCCGUUACCUCAAUGGCAGAUUUCAAUAUUUGGAUGUCCAUGGAUGGGUACAACGGUUACACUGCGCCCUCCGAGAUCAUCGCUGGGCUACACAAUCCUGACCUAGAGCACCAAGACAAAAACUACGGGUUUUCCAAGCUCCUGGUAGACCGAGUCACUAAAUGUAUCGAGGCUCAGAACGAGGCUGCGAUUGUUCAAGGUCCAAGUGCGACGCAGAGUGACGCGGCCCGCCGCGAGCGCCUUUCUAUUAGUACAGUAUUACAGGAUGAGCUGCGUGAGAAGAUACGCGGACUGGCGCCUUCGCCGCAGCCACCUGUACAGCCCUGGAUUCAGCAACUCCUUCGGGCGCAGGAAGCGAGCUUGAGCUUGCAACCAUGGGAAAGAGACAACUAUGGGUUCGGAUUAGCAAUCUAUCGCACAGCGGACAAGUUCUCCGAUGAGCAGUGGGCAACCCUACAGCGAGACUUGGAAGCUCACUUGUCGGCAUGGGGUGAUGACGUCCAGGGCGCUGACGAGAUCAAACCACACCUCAAACUGCAUUGGUUUGACUGCAAGGAACUAGGCUUUGACACAGCAAAUCCGGUAACAGCAGCAAGAAGACACUACCAACAAAUCCGGUCCUCGGAAGAGUGGAACAAUAAAAUAGCACCAUCUGUUUUCCUUCUCAUCGAUUUCAUGGGCGUAAACUCAUAUAUCAACGACGAUUUCUACGCUUCCAUCACAAAGGACAAAGCCCUUCUCAAAGGGGACUUCCAAGGCUUUGUCCUGGCUGUCGAUCCAGACUUCGAUAAGACUGUCACAAAUGAAAGUGCAGACGGCACUGCCAGUGAAGACCCCCAGGAUGAAGGCUUGGAAUACCCGGGCCAGGUGCGCAUCAUGGGUAACCUAGUCUGGAGCGAGCUCUAUCCUAUGCUAAAUCGGCAGUCUGUGGGACUUACGAAUCUCUGGCUGCAGGCGCGAGAACAUCCGAUGAAGGUAUAUACGGGGCUGACAGUGCCGAGUCAAAUUCAGCCAUGGAAGGAGCUAAAUGCUAUGAAGACUCAUAUGAUGGAUAGCUUUGUGGAGUUCUUAAAGAAGAAGGAUCCCACCAUGGCAGGAAAAGUGAAGGAGUUAAGGAAGGAAGGCCGUCUUUAA